UUAAUGAAAAGAUUGCACAUUUGUUUGAUUUGAUUCCCUUUCCAAAACGGACACCUCCGACAGGCUGUAACAUUGUUUCCUACUAAUUCUUCUUUCGGUGGAGAGGAAAACAGCAAACAGACUCUCCUCCUUGUUCACGCCUUCUGGUUUUUUUCUGGUUUAGAGAGAGAGAGAGAAAUGGUUUUUUUUGAGAGAGAAAGUGGGGGAAUUGGGCUUUGUUGAAUAACUAAAGAGAAAGGAUGGUUUUUUGUUAAGAGAAAGUGGGUGGUGGAAUUGGGUUUUGUUGAAUAACUUAGAGAAUUAAGAUACAAUUCAUUAUUUUAUUCAUGGGGAAGAGGGAGAUUGGAGUUGUGUUUGGUUUGAUUUUGUUGCAGGGAGUAGUGCAAGGAUAUGGAACGGAGGAUGGAUCAGAGGAGUGGGGCUACGUUCAAGUUCGUCCAAAGGCCCACCUUUUCUGGUGGUUGUAUCACAGUCCUCAGAGAAUCCUGAACUCCUCUGAUCCAUGGCCAACCAUCCUCUGGCUCCAAGGUGGACCUGGGGCAUCAGGAGUUGGGUUGGGCAAUUUCAAAGAAAUUGGUCCUCUGGAUACAAGCUUACAACCAAGGAAUUCAACCUGGUUACAGAAAGCAGAUCUCUUAUUUGUGGAUAGUCCGGUGGGAACUGGUUUCAGUUUUGUGGAAGAAGAUGAUUUAUUUGUUAGGACAGAUGAAGAGGCCGCCAUUGAUUUGGUGACCCUUCUUAAGAAGCUCUACAAUAACAUCACGGCAUUGCAGAGUAGUCCACUCUUUGUAGUUGCAGAGUCUUAUGGGGGAAAACAUGCUGUUACAUUGGGUUUGGCUCUGUUAAAAGCCAUUGAAGCAGGGGAAUUGAAGCUCAAGCUUGGAGGCAUUGCAUUGGGGAAUAGUUGGAUUUCUCCUGAGGAUUUCGUGCUUUCAUGGGGUCCUCUGCUGCUCGAUGUCUCACGCUUAGGCUACCGAGAUGCAGAGAAUUCGAUAAGAAUGGCUCUGCAAAUAAAGGAGCAGAUAGCAACGAGGAAGUAUGCGGAUGCCACAGACUCGUGGAUCAACCUCGAAGGCUUCAUCAGCGGUUCGAGCAAUGAAGUCGAUUUCUACAAUUUCAUGGAGGACUCUCGAAAUGAUCCAGUAGCAGCUACAAUAAGCAGCAGCAUGAACAGCAGGAGUAUGGUAUCAGCGAGACGCGUUAGUAAAUACUCGAGAUACCUCACCUCCAUUAAGCCUGAUGCCUCUGCUGCACAAGACAUUGAUAUGGACACUUUCAUGAAUCAAGUCAUCCGGAAAAAACUAAAAAUUAUUCCCAACAGUGUCCAAUGGGGUGGGCAAUCUGAUGGGGUUUUCGUGGGGCUAUACAAUGACUUCAUGAAACCCAGAAUCCAAGAAGUUGACGAGCUUUUAACCAAGGGCAUAAAUGUGACUAUUUAUAAUGGGCAGGGCUAUUUGUCUACUAUGAGGAAAAUUUGGGAUCUUUGAUGAUUCCAAUAUCGAAUUGCCGUAAAGUUGGGCACCUUGAUGUCAGUAACAUCGGACAACCCUAUAAUAGUUGUGGUCGAUCCAAUGUUCGAGACAUCGGACAUACUCAUUAAUCCUUCAAUUCGGCUCUAAUGAAAUUACGGUAUCUGUAGUAUCGGACCACAUUUUAUAGGUAUGAUGUUUGCAAUAUCGAACAGGUCCAACGAAAGACCACAUGCUAAGAGGGUGAUAUAAUGUUACAAACAUUAGAAUGACGAGCAAAAAGAAGGGAUAAUACCUAUUGCAGGGUAGUCCGAUGUUACAUACAUUAAACUGCCCAACUAUAUGUCAAUCUAAAGUCGGAGUUAGUGGACCUAACAGAAAUUGUCCAUAUGCAAGCCCUAAACUUCAAAAAAAUAAAAAUAAAUAUUGAUAUGAAGUUUGGAACAUCAGAUCCAGGGGUAGUAUUGAAAACAAUAUAAAAGAGCUUGCGAGGUGGACUUUUACAUAAAAUUUGCAUAAAAUAUGGACCUAUGUGUAAUGCCCUUUUUUAUUUAGAGCAAUGAUCCAAUGCAACGGUUGUAUCAUAGUAUAAUGCAACGACACUUC